UUGAUUGGAAGGGGAAAAAAAAUCCAGUUAAUUGUCCAUUCCCUUACCUAGUAACUUCUAUUCCAGAAUUCUCCUUUUCAUGCUCUUAAUACUAUUUCCAUCAGCCAUCGAUCUAACAAACACACGCAAUUAAAAGAAUCAAUUAUGCAAGCCCCAGUAGCACCAAAAGCCAGACUAGAAUUCUUAAACACUAGACCACCACCCAAUUAUGUUGCCGGAUUAGGUCGUGGGGCCACCGGCUUCACGACCAGGUCUGAUAUUGGGCCUGCCCGUGCCGCGCCCGAUUUACCCGACCGGUCUGCGGCCGCGGUUGGGGCUCCAGGCCAGUCGGGUGUAGGGCGAGGCCGUGGGAAGGGACCGGGUGAGGAAGAAGAAGAGGAGGAAGCCGAGGAUAAGGGAUAUGAUGAAAACCAAAAGUUUGAUGAGUUUGAAGGGAAUGAUGUGGGGUUGUUUGCUUCUGCGGAAUACGAUGAGGAAGAUAAGGAGGCGGAUGCUGUUUGGGAACAGAUUGAUAAGACGAUGGAUUCGAGACGGAAAGAUAGGAGGGAGGCUAGGUUGAAGGAAGAGAUUGAAAAGUAUCGGGCUUCUAAUCCGAAAAUUACUGAGCAAUUUGCUGAUUUGAAAAGGAAGUUGGUUACUUUGUCCGCGGCUGAAUGGGACAGUAUUCCGGAAAUUGGGGAUUACUCUGCUAGGAAUAAGAAGAGGAGGUUUGAGAGUUAUGUGCCGGUUCCAGAUACUUUGCUUGAGAAAGCUAGGCAAGAGAAAGAGCAUGUGACUGCUUUGGAUCCGAAAAGUAGGGCUGUAGGUGGAACAGAAACGCCUUAUUCUCAAACGCCGGAUUUGACUGCGGUUGGUGAGGGUAGAGGGACGGUUUUGUCUUUGAAAUUGGAUAGGUUGUCUGAUUCUGUGUCGGGUUUGACGGUGGUUGAUCCAAAAGGUUAUUUGACUGAUUUGAAAAGUAUGAAGAUUACUAGUGAUGCUGAGAUAUCUGAUAUUAAGAAAGCUAGGUUGUUGUUGAAGUCAGUGAUUCAGACCAACCCGAAACAUCCUCCUGGUUGGAUUGCAGCCGCGAGAUUGGAGGAAGUUGCUGGUAAGAUUCAGACUGCUAGACAGCUUAUUAAGAAAGGUUGUGAGGAAUGUCCGAAAAGUGAGGAUGUGUGGAUUGAGGCUUGUCGGUUAGCGAAUCCGGAAGAGGCUAAGGCUGUAAUAGCUAGGGGUGUUAAAGCGAAUCCUAAUUCUGUAAAACUUUGGAUGCAAGCUGCAAAGUUGGAACAUGACGACGCGAGUAAAAGUAAAGUCUUGAGAAAAGGUCUUGAAAACAUUCCAGAUUCCGUGAGGCUAUGGAAGGCGGUUGUGGAGCUUGCUAAUGAAGAAGAUGCAAGGCUUUUGCUUCAGAGAGCGGUGGAGUGUUGCCCGUUGCAUGUUGAAUUGUGGCUUGCUUUAGCUCGGUUAGAGAAGUAUGAUGCAGCCAAGAAGGUGCUAAAUAAGGCACGAGAAAAGCUUCCGAAAGAACCUGCAAUUUGGAUCACUGCAGCCAAAUUGGAAGAAGCUAAUGGGAACACGGCCAUGGUUGGUAAGAUAAUAGAGAGGGGUAUUCGGGCUUUACAAAGAGAAGGUGUGCAAAUUGACAGGGAAGCAUGGAUGAAAGAAGCUGAAGCUGCUGAACGGGCUUCCUCGAUAGCAACGUGUAAUGCAAUUAUUAGCAAUACCAUUGGGAUUGGGGUGGAAGAAGAAGAUCGUAAGGCAACUUGGGUUGCUGAUGCAGAGGAAUGCAAGAAACGGGGUUCAAUUGAAACUGCUAGAGCAAUCUUCAGUCAUGCAAUUUCUGCGUUUUUAACAAAGAAAAGCAUAUGGCUUAAAGCAGCCCAGCUCGAAAAAGCUCAUGGAACGAGGGAUUCUCUUGACACUCUUCUUCGUAAAGCUGUUAAGUAUGUACCACAGGCUGAGGUAUUAUGGUUAAUGGGUGCUAAAGAAAAGUGGCUUGCUGGGGAUGUGCAUGCUGCAAGGGAAAUUCUCCAAGAGGCAUAUCGAGCUAUUCCUAAUUCUGAGGAGAUUUGGCUCGCUGCAUUCAAGCUUGAAUUUGAGAACAACGAGCCUGAAAGGGCCAGAAUGCUUCUUGCUAAAGCACGUGAAAAGGAAGGAGGAACAGAGAGAGUGUGGAUGAAAUCUGCUAUUGUUGAGAGAGAACUUGGGAACACUGUAGAAGAAAGAAGGCUGCUUGAUGAAGGACUGAGACUAUUCCCUUCGUUUUUCAAGUUAUGGUUAAUGCUUGGUCAGCUCGAGGAAAGACUAGAUCGUUUACCACAAGCAAAAGAGGCAUAUGAGCUGGGUUUGAAACAUUGUCCGAAUUCAACUCCCCUUUGGCUCUCACUUGCAACUCUCGAGGAAAGAAUGAGUGGACUGAGUAAAGUACGAGCAGUGCUUACAAUGGCUAGAAAAAGGAACCCCCAUAACCCUGAACUUUGGCUGGCUGCUGUUCGAGCUGAGUCAAGACAUGGGAUUAAAAAGGAAGCUGAUAUUUUAAUGGCAAAAGCGUUACAAGAAUGCCCAAACAGUGGAAUAUUGUGGGCUGCUUCUAUUGAAAUGGCUCCAAGACCACAGAGGAAAACAAAGAGUGGUGAUGCUUUCAAGAAGUGUGAACAUGAUGCACACGUAAUUGCUGCUAUUGCCAAGUUAUUUUGGCAAGAGAGAAAGGUGGACAAAGCUCGGGCUUGGCUUAAUCGUGCGGUUACUUUGGCUCCAGAUGUUGGUGAUUUUUGGGCAUUGCUUUAUAAAUUUGAAUUGCAACACGGAACUGAGGAGCAGCAGAAGGAAGUCUUGAAGAAAUGUGUUGCUGCAGAACCAAAGCAUGGUGAGAAGUGGCAGCCCAUAUCAAAGUCAAUAGAAAACUCUCAUCAACCCGUGGAAGCCAUCUUGAAGAAGUUAGUUGUGACUCUUGGCAAGGAAGAGAAAGCUCCAGAAGAGAAUAAACAUUAAAAACUUCUAGACUUCGUUUUUACAUCUCCAGGAAAUAUGUAGGCUUCUGAUGAGCUGCAAGGUCAUGUUAGUUUCCCCUGUAAAAGUAUUUUGAGUUUCAUGGAACAUAAGCUCUCAAUCAUGAUUGAUCUAAGGUAAGCUUUGUUGUUAAUUGUUCCUGACUCAACUAUUUUUUGUACUUAUUUAUAGCAACUUAGCAAGUCCAGCCAUAAGUGUAUCCGUUAUGCUUUGGGUUGCCUGAUAUUUCUGGUUACUUGGUUCACUUCAAACACUUCGGAAUUUUAGUUGCAUAUGUCAUGUUGGCAUCACUGCAACAACUAUAAGUUUCCCUGACUUUUUUAACAUUUGCUUGGACCAACUGGGUUUAAUAAAGUAUCAUUAUCUUAAGA